UUCUCUGUCGAUCGUGUAGGGGUGUCCCGUCGAAGAGUCCGACCCUGACGCACAGCCCGACCAUGUACGGUGACGCAUUGAACGCCAAUCUCCAGUAUUUCCAGGCGGCACUCGGGGACUCUAACAUGGGUUUUCUAAACAACUCGAUGUGCACGUCGACGACGACGAGCCCCGACAAGGAGCACGUGUUAGCCCACAACGACUUAAUGUCACCGUUGGAUGAACCAGCCGUGCACAUAAAACAAGAAGGCCAGAGCCCGGAGGGGGGUAAACUCACGAGAUUAAUAAAACGGGAGUUGGUCGACGCGCCGAUGGAGCCCGAGGGCGAGGACGACCAGGUGGACGAGAGGGAGUACUCGGAGAGCCACGGGCACGACUCCGGCCAAGACGAGGACAUGGCGGAGGACCUGUCGAUGGCGCCCGACAUAAUGACGCCGGAGGAUCAGAUCGAGGCGUAGUAUCGUUCCUCGGCCGGCGAAUAGGUUCGAGCCUCGUCGCUUUGAAUCCUGAUCGCGAGCGUGUAGGACCGAGCACGUUCCUCUCCUCCCCUCGCCGAGCACAGACA